AUGUCUUCCAAGAAGAUCAUCCUCAUCACUGGUGCAAACCAGGGCAUUGGCUUUGACAGCGCCUGGGCCUUGGUCUCCGCAUCCCCUGAUAACCACGUCGUCGUCGGCUCCAGGAGCGCGGAGCGGGGCGCCAAGGCUGUGGAGGAUCUUCAGGCCCGGAAGCCGGCCGGCACCGUGAGCCUCUUGCAGCUCGAUAUCACUUCCGAUGACUCCAUUAAGGCUGGAGCUGAAAAGCUUACCGCCGACUUUGGCGUCCUUGACGUCCUGGUUAACAACGCCGGCAUCGUCAUCAUGCAGCCCAAGGAUCGCCGCUCCGAGCUGAUCGACACCUUCAACACCAACGCAGCUAGCGCACUGCUCCUCACCGAGGCCCUGAUACCGCUACUCAAGAAAUCUAAGGACGCGCGAAUCAUCAAUGUAACGAGUGGUCUCGGUUCUCUUCACGAGCGUACGGCUCCAGGCGGUGCCUUUUACGACGUUCCCGCCGAUGCCUACCGCAUCUCCAAGGCGGCCCUGAAUAUGGCGACGGCCCAUAUGUUGUGGGCCUACAAGAGCUGGGGCGCGAAAGUUUGGGCCUUCUGUCCUGGCUGGGUCAUCACCAAUCUGUCGGGUGAAGACGACAGGCAGAACAGGAUCGAUGGAGGCGCCGAGAGUUCGGAAACCAGCGCGCAGGGCAUUCUUGAGAUUGUUGAGGGGAAGAGAGAUGGUGAGGUUGGCAAGUUUCUCCAGAGGAAUGGGAAACAGUUCCAGUGGUGA